GUCUCUCUUCUAGGGUUUUAGUUUCUACUCAUAAACUCUGUCCUCUCUCUCUCGACCACACCCAGAAUCUGCUUCGUCCACGCCCAUCAUGCCUCAAGGAGAUUACAUAGAGCUUCAUAGGAAGAGAAAUGGCUAUCGCCACGAUCACUUUGAGAGGAAGCGGAAGAAGGAAGCUCGUGAGGUUCACAAGCGCUCUCAAAUCGCCCAAAAGUCUUUGGGAAUCAAGGGCAAGAUGUUUGCUAAGAAACGAUAUGCAGAAAAGGCCCAAAUGAAGAAGACAUUGGCUAUGCAUGAAGAAUCCUCAAGCAGACGCAAGGUUGAGGAUGAUGUUCAUGAAGGAGCUGUGCCUGCCUAUCUCCUUGAUCGUGAGACGACAACACGUGCAAAGGUUCUUAGCAACACAGUUAAACAAAAAAGGAAGGAGAAAGCUGGGAAGUGGGAUGUGCCCUUACCUAAGGUGAGGCCGGUGGCUGAAGAUGAGAUGUUCAAAGUGAUCAGAACUGGUAAAAGGAAAACCAAGCAGUGGAAGAGAAUGAUCACAAAGGUGACUUUUGUAGGACAAGGUUUCACAAGGAAACCUCCAAAGUACGAGCGGUUUAUUCGUCCAACUGGGUUGAGGUUCAACAAAGCCCAUGUGACGCACCCUGAACUUAAGUGCACUUUUAAUCUUGAGAUGAUUGGUGUGAAGAAAAAUCCUAACGGUCCAAUGUAUACCUCUCUUGGUGUUGUGACCAAGGGAACCAUCAUUGAGGUGAAUGUUAGUGAACUAGGUCUGGUGACACCGGCUGGGAAAGUAGUAUGGGGGAAAUAUGCUCAAGUGACGAAUAAUCCCGAGAAUGAUGGCUGCAUCAAUGCUGUUCUGCUUGUGUAGAUGCUGAAUGAGGGGAGGGCAUUAGUACCAACUUUUGUUUGUUGGAUUUAGCCUUUGGAAGUACCAUCCUGGACUUGAACCUGAGACCUCGCCCGUGAAGUAAAUCAAGUAACAGAGAAAAAGAAAAUUAUCUUCUUUUUGCUUUUCAAUGUUUUUGUUACCGGACAUUUUUCCGAUAAAGCUUAAGGAUUGAAUUUGAACAAGAAACAUAUCAUGUAAAUUUAAAUUUAUGAUUUUGUACCUUGUUUUUAUUACUAUUAGAAAGUUUCUUAUCU